AUGAAUCCCUCGGAAGAACGACGUACUCUUGCCGACAUUAUUCUCGAAAAAAUAGAAGAAAAGGAAGCCGAAAAACGCGGCGAGGUCGUGGCCGAGGAUGAAGGAAUCACCCUGCCACCUAAAGUCAUAGAGGUUUAUACGGACAUUGGAAAGAUCUUGGGACGAUACACUUCCGGUAAACUCCCCAAAGCAUUCAAAGUAAUCCCGAGUUUAUCGAAUUGGGAGGAAGUGCUGUAUUUGACUCGGCCAGAUAAGUGGACGCCUCAGGCCAUGUUUCAAGCCACUCGUAUUUUUGCCUCCAACUUGAACCCUAAGAUGGCGCAGCGCUUUUACAACCUGGUUUUGCUGGACGCAGUCCGGGCCGAUAUUCAAUCCAGCAAGAAAUUGAACUAUCACUACUACAUGAGUCUGAAAAAGAGUGUAUACAAGCCAGCAGCCUUUUUCAAGGGAAUCCUUUUACCUUUGCUGCAAGACAACUGUACGCUCCGAGAAGCUGCCAUUGUAGCAUCGGCAUUACAGCGGGUGUCCAUUCCGUCACAUCAUUCUGCCGUUGCCAUUCACAAGCUAGCUGGUCUGGAGUACUCGGGAGCCUCUUCGAUUUUCAUCAAGACUCUGUUGAACAAAAAGUAUUCGCUGCCGGCGCCAGUAAUCGGUAGCCUUGUGCGACACUAUGCGAGCUUUAUAGAAGACGAGCGGCAGAUGCCCGUACUGUGGCAUCAGUCACUGCUCGUUUUUGUGCAACGUUACAAAAACGAAAUCAAGGAUGAAGCCCGCGAGUCGUUACGACUGGUCAUGAAGAAGCAUUUCCAUCCCAAAAUUACCCCCGAAAUCCGAAGGGAACUAUUC